UUCCCAGGGCACGUGCUGAGCUGUUGGGACUUGGCGGGUUGUCCCGGACAGCGCGCUGUGGCUUUCCCGCUGGCGGUGGGGCUCGGGUCGUUCUUCGCGCGCUCUCCAGGAACUCAGCGAUCCACCUGCCUCUGCCUCCCGAAUGCUGUGAGAUUAAAGGCCUGUGCCACCACACCACCCUAACCCUUUCCGAAAGGCCGGAGGCCCAGGAGUGUAAGGCCAGGUCCCGCUACCAAGUGAAUUGGAGGCCAUCCUGGACCACAGAUUAAGACCUUCUCACAAGAACCCAUCCGUCUAAUACUAGGAACCACUGCAGCAGCCGACAUGGACAUCACCCUGUGGUCAUCUCACGAGAAGAUGUUGACACAACCUCUCAAGGACAGUGAUGCUGAGGUUUACAACAUUAUUAAAAAAGAGAGCAACCGGCAGAGGGUUGGAUUGGAACUGAUUGCCUCGGAGAAUUUUGCCAGCAGAGCUGUGUUGGAGGCCCUGGGAUCUUGCUUAAAUAACAAAUACUCCGAGGGGUAUCCAGGCCAAAGGUAUUAUGGUGGAACCGAGUUCAUUGAUGAGCUAGAGAUACUGUGUCAGAAGCGUGCUUUGCAGGCCUAUCAUCUGGAUCCUCAGUGCUGGGGAGUCAAUGUCCAGCCUUAUUCAGGCUCCCCUGCAAACUUCGCUGUGUAUACUGCCCUGGUAGAGCCCCAUGGGCGAAUCAUGGGCUUGGACCUGCCAGAUGGAGGUCAUUUGACUCAUGGCUUCAUGACAGACAAGAAGAAGAUCUCUGCUACAUCUAUCUUCUUUGAAUCUAUGCCUUAUAAGGUGCACCCAGACACUGGCUACAUCAACUAUGACCAGCUGGAGGAGAAUGCCAGCCUCUUUCACCCGAAGCUAAUCAUUGCAGGGACCAGCUGCUACUCUCGGAACCUGGACUACGCACGUCUGCGGAAGAUUGCCGAUGAUAAUGGGGCGUAUCUCAUGGCAGACAUGGCACACAUCAGUGGGCUGGUGGCGGCUGGCGUAGUACCCUCCCCUUUUGAACACUGCCAUGUGGUGACCACCACAACGCACAAAACCCUGAGAGGCUGCCGUGCUGGUAUGAUAUUCUACAGAAAGGGUGUACGCAGUGUGGAUCCCAAGACUGGCAAAGAGAUUCAUUAUGAACUGGAGUCACUCAUCAACUCUGCUGUGUUCCCAGGCCUCCAGGGGGGGCCCCACAACCAUGCCAUUGCCGGUGUUGCUGUGGCCCUGAAGCAAGCCAUGACCACAGAAUUCAAAAUCUACCAGCUCCAAGUGGUGGCCAACUGCAGGGCUCUUUCUGAGGCCCUUACAGACCUAGGCUACAAAAUAGUCACAGGUGGUUCUGAUAAUCAUUUGAUUCUAGUGGAUCUCCGUUCUAAGGGUACCGAUGGUGGAAGGGCUGAGAAGGUACUAGAAGCCUGUUCUAUUGCCUGCAACAAGAAUACCUGCCCAGGUGACAAGAGUGCAUUACGGCCCAGUGGACUGCGACUGGGGACCCCAGCAUUGACAUCCCGUGGACUUUUGGAGGAAGACUUCCAAAAAGUUGCACACUUUAUCCACAGAGGGAUAGAGCUGACUGUGCAGAUUCAGAGCGACAUGGCCGGGAGGGCCACACUGAAAGAGUUCAAGGAGAAGCUGGCAGGGGAUGAGAAGUACCAGAGUGCUCUGAGGAUUCUCCGGGAAGACGUGGAGAAUUUUGCUUCCAACUUCUUACUACCUGGCUUGCCUGACUUCUGAGGGUAGGACUGUUCCGGGACCCUCUGAACCCUGUGCUCCCUCGAGACCACCAAGCUGCCCUGUAGUAGGCCAUUGAGCCUGCCCUGUGCUUUGGAGGGUGUUUCUGGCAGGCUGUUCUUAUUUCAGAAAUCUGGGACAGGUUAUCAAGGACUAUAAAUUUGAGACUUCACUUCUUAACAGCCGUAUAUAGUUAAUUAUUCUGGAAAAAGUACUGUGUAGUCAUUUGAUCUCACUUAUUGAUUGCACUGUGAGGCAGAGCUAUUUUUUUUUUUUUUUUUUGGUUUUUCGAGACAGGGUUUCUCUGUGGCUUUGGAGCCUGUCCUGGAACUAGCUCUUGUAGACCAGGCUGGUCUCGAACCCACAGAGAUCCGCCUGCCUCUGCCUCCCAAGUGCUGGGAUUAAAGGCGUGCGCCACCGAGCUAUUAAAGAUUACAGAAUUCUCCUUUCUCCUUUCUCAGUGGCCCUGUGGCAGGUAAGGAAAUGUUCAGGUUCACCCUCAUGUUUUCUCUUCUUCCUGUUCUGUUGACCAGUAGAAUGGAGAGGAGCACUGAGUUUUCUGCUCUGAGCUUGAGACUAUAAAUGAAGACAGUUGUAAGCAAGAGUUAGGAUCAGGCGCUGGAAAGAUGGCUCAGCACUGGCUGCUCUUUCCAAGGACCCUGGUUUGACCCCCAGCACCCACACGAUGGAUCACAAUCAUCUGUAACUCCAGUUCCAACACCUUCUGGCUUCUGAGGGCACCAGGUAAACAUGAGCUGCAGACAUACAUAUAGGCAAAAUAGCAAUGCACAUAACAUUUUGUUUUAAAGAAAAAAAUAGCGGGGGCAGUUUGAAUUACCUUAUAGAAAGGCUAUGGUGUUACUGUCACUUAGAGGGAAUGCACAUACUCAGUAUGUAUUCAUGCCUAGGACACAAACUAUAGAACUGGUUGUCCCUAUAGAUAAGAAAAUCCCUUUCUGGUUUGAGAAUCAGCAGAGGCCAAAGGCUUUGUGUUAUAUCAGCUGCUUGUAAUUAGGAACCCAAAU